AUGAGCUGGGCGGUGGAGGAGUGGAAGGAUGGACUUCCAGGGAAGGCCCUGCAGAAGAUCCAAGAGAUGGAAGUCCAGGUGGACAAAUUGAAGAAGGAGAGAACUCAAAAACAGUUUCAACUUGACUCCCUGGAGGCUGCCCUGCAGAAGCAGAAACAAAAGGUGGACAGUGAACGCAAUGAGGCAUCUGCUUUGAAAAGAGAGAACCAGUCUUUAGUCGAGUCGUGUGACUCUGUAGAGAAAGCUCGACAAAAGGUUUUACAUGAUUUGGGGGUCAAAGAGCAGCAAGUGAGAUAUCUGGAGGGCCAGCUCAACACUUGCAAGAAGACCAUUGAGCGACUUGAGCAGGAGCUAAAAAAGUAUAAAAAUGAACUGGAUCGUUCUCAGCCAGCGGGCUCGUCCUCCUUGUCGUGCUCUUCAGAGCUGCAGCCAUUUGCUACUCCGCAAAAGACUUUCCUCACUCCAGUUUCAGCUUACAAACAGCAAGAUAACAGAUUGGAGGAUCUUCAAGAAAAAUACAACCAGGAAGUAGAAGAAAGAAAAAGGCUGGAGAAUGAGCUCGCAGCCCUGCAGGUCAAACUGUUGAAUCGGUCGUCAAACAGCGUGAGCCACAAAGACAUUGCCGCUCGCCAAGCCGGGUCUUCUAUAUUCCCGUGGCAACAGCAAGAUCAGGGUCAUGCUCGACAGUCUCAAGAAAUCACACAAACGCCUCUUAAGAGGCGAGGUGCGUCAUUUUGGGAUGCUCACGAGGAAACGCCCAUCAAACCCAGCCAGCGGAUGAGCUGUACCAGAACGGCCCCGAGCCCCGGCGGAUCCCAACAGAUGGAGCAGUUAAAAAUGCUAAAUCAAGAGCUGCGUGGUCGUGUGUCAGAACUGGAGAGGACCAUGUCCGGUCACGAGAGAGAACUUAGUAGCCAGACUACUAAGCUGCAGGACCUUCAAGUCCAGCUGUCCCAGGCUCGCAAAGACCUGACUGAACGGGACCGAGACUUGGCCAAGACGAGUCAUGAGCUGCGUCAGACCACGGACAGACAUCAGCAGCUUGAGGUCAAGUGUUCUUCAGUGGAGCAGAAGCUGAAGCAAGUUACAGAAGAGAUGAGCUGCCAGAGACACAAUGCCGAGAGCUGCAGGCGAGCCCUGGAACAGAAAGUCAAAGACCAGGAAAGAGAGAGCCAGAAGGAGUUAGCCCAGCUGCAAAGAUCCAAUCAGACUUUACAGCAACAAAUGGAGCAGACCAGGACUAAGUUAACACAAGAAAUCCAACAGUCCAAAAAAGACAACAACAUACUUCAGGCUGAUUUCGAGAAGCUGUGUUCUCAGAAGAGUCAGCUGGAGAGGGAGCUAGAGGAGCAGAAACAGAAGCUACUGCGUUUACAGCAGAGCCAGCAGGCCAGCCAGAUCAAAGAGGAGGACCUCCGCAAGAAACUAGAGGAGCACCAGAGAGAGAAGAAUAGCAUCUCUGUCCAGUUGGACCAGAGCAACAGGCGCUUGUCACAACUGGAGGAUGAGAAAAAGACCUCGGAACAAAGUGUCAAACGCACGCAAAGCCUUUUGGAUGACAUCAAAGCAAAAUGUGAAAGUCAACAAGAAGAGCUGAAGAGAAUUAAGCUCAAACUGGAGCAGCAAUCUCAAGCGUCUACAACGGAGCUGGAAAACCUACGGAAGACGCUGUCUGACGCCGAGACCAAAACUGAACGGUCCCAGAAGGAAUUGCAGAAACAUAAGCAAGAGGCGGAGCAAUUGAACAACAAGUUAACAGAGGCUACGAAAGAAAGUCAAGAGUUGAAAAAAAGCCUCAGUGCGAGUCAUGAUGAGUGCAAGCAGAUGACACAAAAGCAUGAAACUCUGCUGGAAUGGAAGAAUGAGAAAGAUACUCUGAUCAACAAUGCAGAAGCCAUGCAAAAGGAACUCGUUGACAAAAUCACCUCGUUAGAAAAGAGUCUGAGCUCACAGAAGGAAGCUAAUGAAGAAUUGAAGCAACAGCUGAGGCAUGCAGAAGAGGAACAAGCCAAGCUGUUGGCACACAUCGAUAGCCUGAAGGGAGAACUACUCAUCAGGAGUACAGAGCUCUUGGAGAGGGAGCAUCAGUACAAGCAGCUUCAAGCUAAAUCCUCCGAAGCUGAACAAAAACACAUCAAAGAUCUGGAAAACGUUGCCGCACGGGUGACACAGCUAGAAACACAGAUCAAAGAUCUGGAGUCACAGCUGAAAAGAGAAAUUGGCCGAGCGGAGCUAGCUGAGAAAAGUGUCACUCAGCUGCAGGACGAGCAACGCACGGCCUCCGACCUAGUGCGCUCCAAAGAACAGCUGAUUGAACUCGGCCAAGCUGAACUACAGCAGUUGAGGGAGUCUCUCACUCAGGCCAAUGCGGAGCAGCAAGAGAGAAAUUUAAGAUUUUCAGAGGAAAAGGCAGCUGUAUUGAGACAGUCUGAGGAAACCAUUGCGGUCAAGGCAGAGGAGGUGACACAAAUCAAGCUCCAGUUGGAAGAAACUCAAAAAGAGCUCCAAAUCAGCAACAAGCAGAUCAGCAUUCUUGAUGAGUUGGUGAUUGAAUGUGAAGCUGAGCAGAAGGAACAAAACAAAAAGAUGUCCCAGCGUGAGGAAGAACAUAAAACGCUGGUUGCGGAGAAGGCACACAAGCUGCAACAGCUCGAGAAAGAGCUGAAGGAGGUCUGUGCCCAAGUGACAGAGAAAGAGAGGCUGCUCGGGGAAGACGAGGCUCGGCUUUUGUCUCUGGAGAAACAAAAUGAAGACCUGGAGAGUGCCCUUCAACAGAGAGUGAAAGAAAUGAAGCUUCUCAAAGACACAAAUGCUGAGGAGAUAAGCAAGCUGAAGGAGCAAAUAUCUUCACUAAAGGAUGAGGCAUCCAGAAAUAAAAAUGCAGCUGAGAAACUGCCAGAGCUGAAGAGUGAACUUGAAGCAGUCAACCGCUUACAUGUCGACCUGAAAAAGCACGUGGAGACCCUUGAAAAGAACCUCUCCUUCAUAACAGAAGUCAAAAGCAACUUGGAGAACACUUUGGCCGAAAAAGCAAGCCUGAUUUCGUAUUUGGAAAAAUUAGUUACGGAGCUCGCUAAGAAAUGUAGCCAGCUGUCUGAGAGUCAAGCUUUGGAGGCUCAAAAUUUCCUCAACAAGGAAAAGAAUCUCAGAGAGCAGUGUGAAGCCGCCGAGAAAGCCUUGAGCGACAUCAAAGCCAAAUCAAGUCAUGUCCGAGCAGAAGUGCAGAGCAUGAAGGCAACUCUCUUGGCGGCCUCACAAGGUUUGGAGGAACGAGACGCCAGCAUCAAGAGCCUGAAGGAGAAGCUCAACUGUGCAGAAGUGGAACAUGCGAAAACUACCGAGAUCCUCAAAGAGAAGAUGGUUUCCAUGAACAAAAUAAAGGUACAGCUUGAGAUGCUUCAGAUGGACCUGGAAGACAAUGAAACUAAUGUCAACUCUUAUGAAAGUCAAAUUGAGGCUUUAAAGGAGAGCAUCCAGUCACUGGAGUCCGUUGUAGCUCAGAACCAAACAACGAUGUCUGACAUGGUAGUCCGACUAGAAGAGAGCAAAUCCCAGGUAUCCGUUUUGGAAGCACGGCUGGAUGAAGUCCAGUCUCAGAACUCCACGCUGGAGAGCAUGUAUCUGACAGCCAGAGAGGAACUGACAGAGAGGAGUGGCGAAAUAACUCGCCUGGAAGAAGAUGCUCUCAAAUACAGUCAUUUGGAAGAGGACGUCACCACUUUGACCGCUGAAGUCGCUACUCUAAACCAGAUCAUCAAAGAUAAAGAAGAUCAUGACAAGGUGUCACUAGAAGAGAAAAACAACCUCGAGGCAACUCUGAAGCAAUUAGAAAAUGACAAAGAUCAAUUACAAGCUAACAUGAGCGUGCUGAAUAUUGAGAACCAGAAGUUGGAAUCCAAGCUCGGCACGGUAGCCGAGGAGAAUCAAAACCUGAAAACCGACUUGAAGGUGUUAACCGAGGAAAAGCAGCAAGCGGAGGUACAAUGGCAACUCUUGAUUGCGAAGAGAGAAAACAUGGAGUCAACACUGAAGCGGCUUACUGAAGAGAAAUCCCAGCUUCUCGCCACUCUUGAGCUCCAGACAUCACAACUUGGUGAGCUGGGAAUCAAGCUGAAUGAAGCAGUGGAGAACAAACUUCAUCUUGAAGAAAGCAAUAAUCAACUGCUGGAAAAGAAUACAUUGCUGCAAUCCCGUGAAACCCAGCUGAUGGAAGAGACGGAAAAAUCAAAAGCAAGCUUAAAAAUGCGAGAGGACGAGGUGGCUUCUCUGCAUGCGGAAAAGGAACGAAUCCAAAACAUCCUUCAAACAUCUGAAGAAGAAUGCCACAGGCUGAAAGAUCAACUUGAAAUGACAGUGAAGCAGAUUGAGGAGAACAAAGACAGGAACCAGCAGUUUGAAACAGAGCAGGCUGAACUGCAUCACAAGUUGUCGUGCUUACAACAAGAACUGAGCGUCUUUAAGCAGCAGUACGACUUGCUGCAGAAGCAGGUGGGCCAACAGCACCUUCUCAUACAGGAGCUCUCACAAGUGCAGGACCAACAGGAAGCAGAAAGUGCCAUUGAUGCUGAACCAGAAUUAGAUUCUUUAACAGAGUCCAACACAGAGGAACACUCAGUCCAACCUGAUGAGACCCCCAUAUGUGAUGACAUUUCAACUACACAAAAACACACCAUUAUUAGUCAAACGGAACCACUCCUCAUGUCGGAUUUUAUCAAACCAGAGAGAAUUGUUGAACAUACGAAAGAAGAUGGAGAUGCAUGCAGCAAGGAUGGACACGAGAUGAAGGCGAUUAAUGAGCAACUAUUUGAUCAGUUUCAUGAGGAGAACACAGCCGACAGCAUCAUUGAAAUGGCAGAGACGAUGGAGUUACAAACAAGUGCAGAGACUGAGCCUAAGCAGUCACAGGAGGACAAAGAAACCCCUUCAAAUCAUGAAGUGCAGGUCCGCGGCCUGCUCGAAGAGAUUGACCUGCUCACCUCUGACCUUGCACUGAGGAAGGAGUUGACCUCAGAUCUUCAAGUGCAAGUUCAAAACUUGGAGCUGAAAGUUGAUGCGGCACAAGAAGAAGCACGUAGCUCUGCAAAUAAGCUGAAUAAUAUUCUGAAGGAGAAGGAAAACCUCUCUGAUCAGUUGUCUCAGCUGUCAGAAGACAGGGAAAACGUAACACUGCAGCUCCAAACAGCUAGAUGCCAGCUAACAGAUGUCAUGGAGAUGAUGGAGGGUCUAGAAAUGGCCAAAGGCGGAUGGGAUGAAAAGUUCCUCCAGCAGGAAAGCGAGUUGAAGCGGGUUCGCUCCGAGAAAGCCAAUUUGGAGCAACACAUCCUGGGCAUGGAGUGUGAACUGGAGGCCUUGCAGGAGGGUCGGAUCAAGCUGGAGGACCAGCUGGAAACACAGAGAAGAACAUGCUCAGGUUUGGAGCAGCAAAUAGAAAUGCUCUCCUCUGAGACAAUUCAGCUGAGAUCCGAGCUGGUUUCGUGCACUGAGGAACGACAGGAGCUGAGUCUGGCUGCGGGCCAGUGGCGAGAGAAGGUUGAUGGGCUGGAGAAGACUAACUGUGACACACGGUCUUUAAUUUCCAUCCUGGAGGAGGACAUUAGAGCAGGAAAAAUGGAAAAUGAAACCCUAAAAGGCAACAUAUAUAAAAUGGCGACAGAGAGGCAACAGCUGUUGGAUCAGAUGAAGGUGUUAGAAGAAGCUGUGUCCCAGCAGAAUGGAGAGAAAGAGCAACUGAUUGGGCAGCUUGACAAGAUUAAGCAAGAUCACACGUCUAGUAAUCAAAACACAGAGUCCAUGUUCAGCAAAAUCCAGGCUUUGGAAGGUGAAGUGCAGCAGUUGACGCAGUCUUUGGAGUCUUCUCUACUGGAAAAGGGAGAAAUCGCCUCUCGUCUGAACUCCACACAGGACGAAGUCCAGCAGAUGCGGAGCGGCAUCGAAAAACUACGCGUCCGCAUUGAAUCUGACGAAAGAAAGAAGCAGCAGAUGGGCGAACUCCUUAAAGAUGCUCAGAGGAAAUCUGAGUCACUGCAAGAUCGCAUGGAGGCUCUGCAGCGAGAGAAAGAGGAUAUAGAGCAAGACAUGGAGGAAGCUGUCCUUCAGGCGGAGACCAUGAAAGCUGAACUGGAGGAAGAAAGGAUUAAGGUGGACGAUGAGAAGAAAGCUCUUGGCGAGGAGCUCUUAAAGCUUUCCACCAGUCUGGACAACCUGAGAUCUGAGAAAGAGCAACUUGAGCGAGAGCUGCAAUUGAAAAACCGACAGCUGGAGGAGCUGAAGGCUGCUAAGGAGGAGCUAGAGCGAGGGCUGGAGAGGGCAGAGAUGGACCGCAGAGAAGAGCAGGAAAGGCAGCGAUGCAGGGUAGAGGAGUUGGAGGAAAAGAGCGCAGAUAUGGAAAGAGAGUGUGAGAGGAUGACAAGCCUACUAGAGGAAAAUAAACAUCUACAGAACUCAGUCGAUGAGUGGAAGAUGAAUGGAGAGGAGUGGCAUGAGCUGAAAAACAGUUUGAUGACUCGCAUUGAGGGUUUGGAGGAAGAAAUUGCAAAAGCCAAAGAAGCAGAUAACAAGGAACAGAUAGAAAGAGAAAACAGACAAUUGCUAGAAGAAAAAGAAAGACUAGAACAGGAGAACAAGAAACUCUAUUCUGACAAAGAAGAGCAAUCGGCACUGAAGCAGGAGAUUAAGAUGCUUCAGACGGCCUUGUCAAUGGCGGAAGACGAGAAGAAUAAGUUGUCCAUGGCUUUUUCUGAACUGGAGCAAAAGAGGCAAAGAGCUGAAGAAGACAAGGAAAAACUGUUAAAAGAGCAACACAGUCUUCAGUCAACAAUUGCCUCUUUGGAGGAGAAGUUGGAAAUGCAGCAGCGCUCCGUCACGAAGCUCAAUGAGCAGGUGUCCGAGCUGUCGUCUCGUAUCGCUUCCGUGUCUAAAGAGAGAGACGCCGCCUCCAGCAAAUUGAACCUUUGGAUGAAGACUUGCAAGCAGCUGGAGCAAGAAAAAGAGCACUUACUGAGCAGCUCAGAUGGGCUGUGCGAAGAGAUGAGGACGAAAGAGGUGGAGGAGCUUAAGUCAUCCCUUAAUGAGGCAAAAGUGGAGUGUAUGGAAAAGAGCAAAGAGGUGGAGGAGCUCAAGGCUUCCUUGGAAGCAUGCAGCAGAGCUCUGGAUGAAGUGAAAGGCGAACUCCAAGAGGUCAACCAGCUGGUGGAGGAGAAGACGAAGGAAGCGGACGACACCAUGAACAAAUACUGCAGCUUGAUGUUGGACGUGCACAAGCUGGAGGAAGCCAACGAAACACUGACGAUCAGACUGGAGCAUCUGACUGCCAGCAAAACAGCCAAGAAAGACCCUGCCCACGGUCGCAGACGCUCGGCGAGGACCUCUUCCAAACACCUGGAUGUCGAAACCGAGAACACUGCUCCUUCUACUCCUCAGGGUUCUCCGCAGGGCUCCACUCCCGGGAAGCGGAGCCGUAAACAAAUAAGCGAUAAGGACAGCGCCCAGGAGGCUCUUUACAACCUCACUAAGAAGAUCAGAGCUAACACUGUGACCACACCUAAACCAAGAAGUGAACAAGAGGAUGACUUCAGGCCCGAGGGGCUUCCAGAGCUGGUACAGAGAGGCUUUGCUGACAUUCCUUUGGGGGAGGCCAGCCCCUUCAUCAUGAGGCGAACCACUGUGAAGCGCUGCAGUCCUCGACUGGCUGCCAGACAGACAGCAGACGCUAAGGUUUUGCUUCCUUUACUCCAGCAAAGUCCGUCCUCGUCGGACAAGUGCGAGGAAGCGGCCGCUUGUCCUUCUCAAGAAUCAAAAGAGCAGGGAGACUGUCAUGUUCAGUAA